AUGCCAGGGGAUGCCUGUGACUGUGACCCCCGGGGCAUAGAUACCUCUCAGUGUGGCCAGAAGACAGGCCACUGCGUGUGUCAACAGGGGGUGUCGGGCGUGCGUUGUGAUCAGUGUGCCCGGGGCUUCUCAGGCCAGUUCCCUAACUGCCAGCCUUGCCACCAGUGCUUUGGGGACUGGGACCGGGUGGUACAGAACCUGGCUGUCCGAACCAAAACCCUGUCGGAGCGGGCUCUGGAGAUCCAGACCACGGGCCUGACUGGAGCCUAUGAGAAGGCCUUCAGAGACCUGGAGGAGAAGCUGGCACGGGUACAGGGCAUCGUCAAUGCCCGCAACACCACCACAGAGGCAGUCAGCAGCCUGAUGGAGCUCAUUGAAGACCUCAGGUCUCAGAUAGGGGAGACCACAGAUGUACUGAAUCAUCUGGAGGGAGACCUGACCAGUGUGGGGAACAGUAAUGUUGAGGCCAGUAAUGAGCUCAGUGCUCUAGAGAGAGAGGCCAAAGAGCUCAACCUGACCUCAGAUCAGCUCCACCGCCAACUGGACAUCCUGAAAAACUCAAACUUCCUGGGUGCAUAUGAAAGCAUCCGUAGCUCCUAUAAUAAGUCCCGGGACGCAGAGCGGCGAGCCAACCAGUCCACCACUACCACGCCCAGCACUGUCAGCCAAUCAGCAGACACCCGCCGCAAGACAGAACGCCUCAUCUCUGCCAAGAAAGACGACUUCAACCGCAAGAACGCCGCCAACAAGCGAGCCCUGGGGGACCUCAAUGCCAAGGCACAAACCCUGGACAUGAAGAAGAUCAACGAGAAGGUCUGUGGGGCCCCUGGCGAUUCCCCCUGUGUAGAGAGCCAUUGCGGAGGGGCGGGUUGCCGUGACGACGAGGGGAACAGGCACUGUGGAGGCCUGAACUGCAACGGUGCUGUAGCGAUGGCAGAGAACGCCUUGGAGAAGUCUAAGCACGCAGAGAAAGAGCUGAACGUAGCCAUGGGGGAGGUAGAGGAGCUCUUCCACAAGGUGGCAGAUGCCAAGAGCAAGGCGGAGGCGGCAAAGGGUAAAGCCCAGGCAGCUCUGGACAAGGCCACUAACACCAAGAACAAGGUGGAGCGCUCCAACAACGACCUGCGGGACCUCAUCAAGCAGAUCCGAGACUUCCUCAUGCAGGAGGGUGCUGAUCCAGACAGCAUUGAAACGGUGGCUAACCGUGUCCUGGAGCUGUCCAUCCCAGCCUCACCACAGCAGAUCAGACACCUGGCAGAGGAGAUCAAGGACCGGGUCCAAAGCCUCUCUAACGUAGACGCCAUUCUGAAACAGACACAGGACGACGUGCGCAAAGCAGAGCAGCUUCUGCAGGAGGCCAAGAAGGCCAGGAAUCGGGCAGACGGGGUGAAAUCCACAGCAGAGACGGUGAAACGGGCACUUGAGGACGCUAAGACGGCCCAGGCUGCAGCGGAGAAGGCCAUACAGCGAGCUAAGGUUGACAUUGGUGAAACGGAGGUCCGACUAGCACAGAUCGAGUCUGAAACCUCCAGCAGUGAACAUGACCUGAAUAAUGCCAUGGACCGCCUUGGCAACCUGGGUCGGGAGAUUGACGGUCUGAAACUCAAACGUGCAAAAAACAGCAUGGCAGCAGCUCGAGCUGAGGAGACAGCCACUAUGGCACGGGACAAAGCCAAUGAUGCCAAGCAGAUUUUAGAUGGUGAGCUGACAGAUAAGUAUCACACAGUGCAGGACUUGGUGGACAGGAAAGCCAAGACCGUCCAGGAGGCCAAAAAGACAGCAGGGCGCCUGAGAGACGAGGCCAAGGAGCUACUGAAAGACGCCCAGAACAAGCUCCAGAGACUAGCAGAACUAGAGAAAGACUAUGAAGAGAACCAGAAAAAGUUGGAGGGCAAAGCCCGGCAGUUGGACGGCCUAGAAGACAAGAUGAAGGCUAUCCUCAACGACAUCAACAAACAGAUUCAGAUCUACAACACCUGUCAGUAAACAGGGACCUGGCCGAGUUGAACCAAACACUGACUGACUGCAGACACUCUAUGAACCUACUAUUGCUUUACUCUCUUGUAGGGUGUACACUGUAUGCGCUCUAGUGGGGAACUCAGUACUGCACCUACAGCCAUGGUGCUUAUCCAACUACACUGUGUAACUGUGUCUUUUUGAUUGUAAGAUUUCACACAUCUAAUAUAACAUUGUGUGCCCUCAGUGUAUUACUGUGUGACUUUCAACUGAAGGAUAGAAGUGGCUCCACAUGACAUUUACGAAAAUAAUAAUCCAUUUGUGUGUGUGAAGAAUACGAAAAUGUGCAAAUAUGUUUCGCCUCAACUCAGAUCAUCCUCCCAAAUACUGCCACAUUCAGAAUAUAAAUAAUGCCAAAAAAGUACUUAUGAAUAGAUUGUUCUGGAAAAACAAUGAGCAAAAGUUGUUAUGUGUACUGACUGAGGAUGAACCAGGGGAUGAUUGGUUACUUUGACAUGGUUUCUGAUCUCUCCUGGAUUAAAUGAUGGGAUGCUUGUUCUCUUUAAACACUACAUAGACUCAAUGGUUGGUAUUGUUUCUGUAAUUGAGAGAAAGCUUUUUGGAGUUGCCUGAAAAUAAAUACUGAAAAAGUAUUUCCACCCUCCAGUGUAGGGAAACUGAAAUUGUGUGACUAAUUAAACUGGA